AUGGAUAUCUCCAAGUCAUGGAGCAAGUGGCAGGGUCUGGCUGCACUAGCUGUUUACUCAGUUACCAUCAUCGCCCUUGACCGUGUCUACGUAGAAGGCAGUGCGUGGAAGUCUGUCGUGGGUUCGUGGAAGAGGUAUCUGAAGCGCAGACGGGAUGACCCUUGGAUGAACGCCAACACGAGCAAAGAGAUCGUCUUCAACAUGCUGGCCAAGGAGAUACCGGAGUCGCAAAACCAUGUGUCGGAUAAGGGCUACGAGCUUCUUUGCAGCUACAGCUUCAAGUCAUACACCGAUACCCCUACGAUUUACGUUCCUGGUACUCCGCCGAUGUUCACGAAGCCAUCUAUCCCGUUGAAACUGGAGCCGGACACAGGACGCUAUUACAUCGAUCAGCAUGUAGCCAAGGUACCGCGAUUUCAAUUCGAGCCACUCUUCCAGGCUCUUACUGUUAUGCAGCCAAGCAAGCGUUUCGACGAUGUUGAUGUCCUCAUCGCUCGCGGGUCAAUGACCGCGCUCAUUACAUACGUCAAGGAUGUAUCAUGCCAGCCGUUCGCACUGACCCUCCACGUCGUUGGCAAUACUUUGAUCGUGGGGCGACGGCUUCGAUCCGGUAUGGCCGGCUCUACCAAUGGAUCAUACGGGCGUAACUUCGAGGCUGCCUGGACGACGCAACUGGAACCAGACCUUCAAGAUGCGGAAGGACAUCACCAUACCAUACAGUACGAUUUCGGUGGCCUCAAUAUCGUGGUAAGGGCAGAGACGGACGCAUAUAUGCCUGAAAGUCAGCCUUCCAGAGACGAGAUCCGAGAGACAUUAGUGCAUGGCGCAUCACAUCCCAAACCCGAAGUUGCAAACACUACCAUCCAAUACAACAGCUCCGAAUCGACCGUUGUCCUCCUGGCAGGAAAGCCAAUCCCUCACAGCAGAACAAUGGAGCUAAAGAGCAACAACCAGAGCAAGCCCCUCGAUCAGAUCUGGGUCGGUAGAACUUCGCGAUGGUCGCUUGGUACGAAUAAGGAUGGUGUAUUCUCUUCAACUGAGAAGAUCUUCACUCCGGAGGAGAUGAGGAAAAACUACGACGAUGACGGCAAGCGGCAAGCAGCUCUUCGUAAGCUUGUAUGGUUGUUUGGACAGUUAAAUACAACGGUAAAGGAGAACACGAGCAACGGUUCUGCCGUGCUUCUCUGCCUGGGAAAGGGCGAAGAGCUGGUGGUACGCCCAAUGAAGACCCACCUGCCUGCGCUUCCUGAUGCGAUUGUGCAGCGUUUCUGGAGCUUGUCUGAUCAGGACGAGAUGCACGCGUAG